AUCAUUUGGAGGUAGGACGCGCUUCCGGUCUGUGUCAGCUGUGAGCACCGCAUCAGCUGCAAUGAGUUUUGAGUGGCCCUGGCAGUAUAACUUCCCACCGUUUUUUACAUUACAGCCUAAUGUUGAUACCAGACAGAAGCAGCUGGCGGCCUGGUGCUCCCUGGCUCUGUCGUACUGCCGACAUCACAAGCUCUACACCCUGGACGUCAUGGAGGCUCAGGAGAGUCCCGUGUUCAACAACAAGAAGAUAGAACGAAAGCUGUCGGUGGAAGCAAUCCAAGUUGUUUUUGAGGAGCUGAGGAAAAAAGGGAACCUUGAGUGGUUGGACAAAAACAAGUCCCGCUGUUUAGUCAUGUGGAGACGACCGGAGGAAUGGGGCAAGCUCAUACACCAGUGGGUUUCCAAAACCGGGAUGGUUAACUCCGUGUUUACACUUUAUGAAUUGUCGAAUGGUGAUGACACAGAAGGUGAAGAGUUCCACGGUCUAGAAGAGUGGAUGCUGCUGCGCUCGCUGCAGGCUCUCCAAACAGAAGGCAAAGCGGAGAUCUUCUCCAUGGAUGACGGGAAGGGCGUCAAAUUCUUCUGAAACGGUGCUGGAAUCACACACAUUCUGUCUGGGAGCCAUCAUACUCUACCUUAACAGGGAAAUUUUUACAUUCAGCCGCCUGAGGCUACACGAGGUGAACCUGAACACCCAGCCCAGAGGAUGCUGGUCCUGCAAUUGUUGUUGCCUUUUUGGUUUGCCCGAGUUCAAAGCCUUUUUAUUGAAGAGAAAAUUUAUCAUUUGUGUGUUCGGGGAAGAAAAAAAAAGAGCAUUUAAAACGGCAGCGCGCUGAAAGCUGUCUCAUUCAAACAUGCAACGAUUCUAUCAGGGGAGUAAACAUUAUCAUUUCUGGAUUCUUUCAGGGGAAGUCUCUCCCCCGCAGCUGUAACCUUACUUUCUUAACUGUAAAUAUGACUAGUUUUAUCCUGACUUUCCCUGUUAACACCUCCUCGGUAUGAUUAGCUCUGGACCUGUUGCUCGGCUGACGUUCCUCCUCUCCAAAACAAAGCAUCCCAAAGAAAUCCCAGAAUGCAACACCAGGGGGACUUUUUAGUUUCAGAAGAAAUGCUUCCAGAAGAGGAACACCACAGGGAGUCAAACCAUCAAUCCUCAACUCAGCUGAGUUUAAUAAUAGUGGACUUCAUGUACAGAUUGCUGUCAUCCUAUCAUUGUGCAGUAGCUACUGUGACACUCCUGUUUCCCUCUCUCUCUCUCUCUUUGUGUAUAUCCAACUUUCUUUUUUUCAUAUCCUGUUGGAAAAUAAACUAGAAAUUUGCUACA